CGUACAUGUACAAAGACUGCGCGCCUUUGCCGGCCAUGAGGAAGCACAUCCGGUCACGCUUAGUGUUGAAUUUGACAGAACGAGAGCAUAAAUAUGUUGCUAUUGAAAGAAGACAAAUACUUGAAAUACAAACAAAAAACCAGAAAGCUUUAGUUCCUGAUGAACCAAGAAAUAUCAUAUUGAAAUCCACUCCAGCUAAUUUUGGAUUCCCCGUCUGCACAAGACUUCUCCUCACAUCAAGGGUAAAACAAGCCUUCAAAACACCUCGUAAAUAUUUCAUCGAAGAGUUUGACAAUCUGUUUUUGGUCAACCAUACAAAAUAUGUGGCGCUUGCAAUAGUGUUUCUAGUGUAUUCCGAUAUCGUUUACGAAAACCAUGACAAUCAAAGACAACUCAGCAUAGACCUUGCCCGUUUAUUCAAAGCAAAGGACCUAACUCCUAAGGUAAUUGAAAAUGCUCUGAAGAGUAUGGAAAAUGUGUAUGUGUUUUAUUCCAAAGCCAACAAAUGCUACCAGUUUAUACAUGAUGUUUUACAUGAAGCAAUGUAUCAAUCUUUGUCGAAGCAUUAUCCCCGAAAGUUGAUAGCCUCCUCUCCUUUAGCAUACAUUAGCUAUUUCUCAAUCACCAAGAACGCGCAACAGGAGUAUGACAUGACUGUAAAUACUGAGAAGGAUACAGCCGUUCAUUUUCCUGUUGAUCAUCAAAUCGCCUUAAAGGAGAGAAUUGCCCAGGAACUGGGUACAAAGCAACCAGAAAACUUCAAGACAGUGGCCGGAAUGAAAACAUGGCAACUUGACGAGGCUUCAAAUUUUCAAGAGGUAUUUCUGAAAAGAGACGCAUCAGGUGUGUCACUACUUGUAUACGCUGCCAUGGUUUCAAACGUUGACCUGUUGCAGGCCAUUUUGGAAACAGUUCCUAUUCGUAGCGACGAAAUGGCGACAGACAUCUACAACGCCUUGAUCGAGUCCUGCAAGCGCGGAAAUCAGAGGUGUUUCUUCUGUUUGCUUAAUGAAUGGAAGGGGGAAAUGAACUCUGAAAUGGCCCUUGCCGCAGCUGAAGGGGGCGACAAGGGUAUUUUGAAGCAUAUUCUACAGGAGGUGAAUGUGGGAGUACGUAACAAAGAUGGUGAUACUUUGCUCAUGGUUUCUUCAGAGAAAGGACAUCUUGCCUGCGUCAAACUUUUGACGGACAUUGAUAUAUCUACAGUGAAAGAAGUUGGGUAUAAAAAGGGAAGUGUGUUACAUUGUGCUGUACAGGGCCAGAACGACGAUGUGAUAAACUGGCUGAUAAAGAAAGUAGCUGAUGACUUGUCAGUAGAGGAAACAGAUGAACUACUUGCAAAACGAGACAGCAAUGGUCGAACGGUUCUACAUACAGCGAUAUGUGAGCAGAGCUUAGGAAUAGCACGAGUACUACUCGAGUCCUUCGACUACAGUUAUCUCAGCAUUACCGACAAUAACGGAGAAAACGUUUGGCAUCUAGCGAACUAUAACGCUAAACAAGAAUUAGUAAAAUACAUGCUGAACAAUGUUUCCGAAAUCGUCUCAUCAACUGAUGAUUCUGGAGGGACAGCACUUCACCAUGCAGCUGCAGGUGGAAGCGUUGACAUUUUCAACGAAUUACUGCAAGCUGGUUUAUCGCCUAAUGGAACAACAAAUGAUGGAAGUACAGUGCUACACAAGGCAGCGCUUCACGGCAAACUUGAAGUUGUCAGAUACAUACUGCAUUCAAUACCAGACAUUCUUAAGAAAAAGAACUCUUCAAAGUGGACUGCCCUCCAUUCCGCCGCAGCAGGGGGAAGCGUUGGUGUGUUCAAUGAACUUUUAAAAGCAAAGUUAGAUCCGUGUGAUCGGACAAAAGACGGAUGUACGGUGGUUCACAUUGCAGCACUCAAUAUUCACGAAGAAUUGAUCAGAUUUCUUGUUACAAGUAGGAAGGAACUCUUGCCUGAAACAAACGAAGAUGGAGAAACAGCACUGCAUUCUGCCGCAGUAGGCGGUGAUAUCAACGUCUUUGAUAUAUUAAGGAAAGCGGGGUUGUCCCCGACUGCUAAAACGAAAGAAGGCAGAACAGUACUGCAGAUAGCAGCAUAUUUCGGACGAAUAAAUCUUGUGAAGCACAUCAUCGAUUCUCAUCCUGAAACUGUCACAUUACGGGACAUGUCAAUGCGAACAGCACUCCAUUAUGCUGCAGUCGAUGGAAAUAUCAAGCUGUUCACCGACCUCCUAACUGCAGGGCUGCAACCAGCGGCUGUCACGGAAAGCAAAGUAUCUGUACUGCAUAUAGCUGCGUACCAUGGUAACAUUAACUUAGUCAGGUAUUUAAGAAGAAAUCACUCCGACAUAUUUCCCCUGCAAGACGAUCAAGACCGCACGGCAUUACAUGCUGCGGCUGCUGGAGGAAAUGUGAUUGUGUUCAUGGAACUGUCAAGGGCCGAACUAUCACCAACAUCAGUGACGAAAUCUGGUGCUACUGCCUUACAUAUUGCUGGCUAUACAGGUAAAGUAGAACUUGUGAAAGAAAUUACUGACAAGUUCUCUCAGAUUGUACCGCUUAUCGAUAAUCACGGAAACACCGCUAUACACUUUGCAGCUGCGGGUGGACAUAUCAAUAUUUGCUCAGAAUUGGUCAAGGCAGGGCUUUCCCCAACUUCUACAACAAAGGAAGGGAGCACCAUUCUCCACCUAGCUGUUGAAAAUGGCAGAGUCGAAAUGGUGAGUCAUAUUAUCAAUGAAGUAACGGAAAUUAUUCCAACAGUAAAUAAGAACGGGGAAACUGUAAUGCAUUACGCGGCUGCAGCAGGAACGGUCUACGUCUUCCAUAAACUGACCCAAGCCGAUCUUUCACCGGAAGGAAAGACGAAGGACGGACUAAGUGUUUUACAUGUGGCUUCGUUCUGUGGAAAGUUAGAACUAGUCCGGCACAUCCUCAGCAAUAUCCCAAACGUCGUAUCAAUGUCGGACGAUUCGCACUGGACCGCAUUGCAUUCAGCUUCAGCAGGUGGAAAUGUCGAUACCUUUGCUGAACUUAUUCGUUCAGGAUUUUCACCGAAGAGUGUAACAUCUGAUGAGUGUACUGUCUUGCAUCUAGCCGCCUUCAAUGGGAACGCAAAAUUAUGUGAAUAUAUCAGAAGUAACAUACCUAAUGUUGUUCAUGCUUUGGAUAGUGAAGGUUGGAGUGCUUUGCAUGCAGCAGCUUCGUCUGGUAGCUUAGACACGUACAAGGAGCUAGUCCAAGUUGGACUCUCUCCAAUGACCACUACCAAAGGAGACAGCACAGUUCUCCACAUAUCGGCUUAUUACGGUCAUGUGGAUCUUGUGAAAUACAUCAUCAAGACAACACCGACAUUACUUUCACUGAUCGACAAGGCUGGUCGUACAGCUUUACAUGAUGGCGCAGCCUCUGGAGAUAUGCAGGUAUAUGAUGAACUUAAAGAUGCCGGGUUGUCGCCAAUGGACUUUCCUCACGAUGGAACAACUGUGUUACAUAUUGCCGCAGAGAACUGUCACUCGGAUCUGGCUAGAAACAUCAUCAUAAAAACGCCAGAGAUAGUUUUAUACAUGGAUCACAGUGGUAAAACAGCACUUCAUUCGGCGGCAGCUGGUGGUACGUGGGCCCUUUUUAAGAAAGUGUGUCAGUUUGGUAUAAGUCCUAAAUGUACAACCGAUAAUGGCAGCACUGUUCUCCACAUCGCAGCAGAACAUGGCAACGUCCCUCUAGUCAAGACACUCGUCCAAGGUAUAAGCGAUUUAGUUAAAACUGUGGACGACGAAGGACGAACUGCUAUGCACUUCGCCGCAGCAGGUGGGAACGCUGACGUGUUUGAUUUGUUGCUACAAGCAGGUCUUACUCCUGAACCGGCGCCAAAUUCCAGCAACAGUGUGUUACAUGUAGCUGCAUAUAAGGCCCACGUAGAUUUGGUACGAUACGUCAUUAGAAAGCUUCCCGACAUGGUUCCUCUCACAGACGAAUCAGGCUGGACGGCUUUGCACUACGCGGCGGCAGCAGGGAAUUUGCAAGUAUUUUUCAUUCUACUGAAAGCUGGUCUGUCACCAAGACAUGCCACACAUGACGGAAGUACUGUUCUACAUAAGGCAGCCUUCUGUGGGAAUCUUGAGCUUGUUGAGUUCAUUCUAGAGAUUGUACCUGCAAUUAUCCAGAAGAGUGAUACUUCAAGCUGGACCGCAAUUCAUUCUGCCGCGGCUGGUGGUAGCAUGAAUGUAUUUACGACUCUGAUUGGGAUAGGUCUGCCCCCAAGAGCAAAGACUAGUGGUGGAAGCACUGUGCUUCAUAUAGCAGCAUACAACGGCAGAUUCAAUUUGGUAGAGUUCAUCAUCAAUCAUAUGCAAGACAUUAUACACCCUGUUGAUGAAUCUGGAAAGUCCGGAUUACACUAUGCAGCUGCUGGUGGCAAUGUAAAAGUGUUCAAUGAACUGGUACAUGCAGGACUUUCUCCACAGGCUAUAACUAAAGAUGGAAGUACGGUCCUUCACAUCGCUGCUGCAAACAAAAGAGCAGAAUUGGUGCAAUACAUUAUUGAAAACAACCCAAUCAUACUUCCUCAAGAGGACCUUUCUGGUUGGAACGCCUUACAUGCUGCAGCUGCGGUGGGUGGUAUCGAGGUAAUCUCACUUCUUGUGGAGGCAGGAAUGUCUCCUGGCAUUCCAACACAAAUAGGGCGGACAAUGCUUCACGUGGCUGGAUUCAAAGGCCAAGUAUUGCUGGUAAGGCACAUCAUCAAACAUUACAAGGAUAUCAUAAACGUCAUCGACAACACUGGAAAUACAGCAAUGCACUCAGCUGCGGCUGGCGGAAGCGUGGGAGUAUUCAUAGAACUACUUCAUGCUGGGAUCUCUCCCCAGGCCACCACCAACGAUGAAAGCACAGUAUUACAUAUAGCAGCAAACAAUGGGAAGACUGAUAUCGUUCGCUACAUUAUACAAUAUAUAAAGGACAUUGUGCCGCUUACAAACGAUACGGGUAGGUCUGCAUUACAUUGUGCAGCAGCUGGCAAAAAUACUGGAGUUUUUGACGAUCUUAUCCGAGCUGGGUUGUCUCCUAGUGACAUGACAAAGGCUGGGAAGACAGUAUUACAUGAAGCAGCCUUCUGUGGGAAGCCCGAGUUCAUUGGAAGAAUUGCAAAGAAAUUUCCAAGAAUUCUACACAUGACUGACGAAUCUGGUCGAACUGCCUUACAUUACGUUGCAGCAAGUGGAAAUGUUGAAGCGUUCAACGCUCUGAUCAUGGCUGGCUUGUCAGCAGAUGACACGGCGAAAGACGGAAGUACUGUUCUCCACAUCGCAUCGUUCAAUGGAAACUUAGAGCUGGUCAUACAUAUUGUGGACAAUAUUAUAGAAAUUAUUCCAAUGAUUGACAAUAGUGGAAAGACUGCACUUCACCAUGCAGCUGCUGGUGGUAAGGUAGAGGUCUUUAUAGAGCUUCUACAUGCUGGAUUAUCAUCAAAAACUACAACAAACGAUGGAAGCACCGUCCUUCACAUUGCUUCUUACAAUGGAAAACUAGAUCUUGUUCGCUACAUCAUUCAAGCUACCAUCGAUGUAUUACCUCUUGCGGACGAGUCUGGUCGCACUGCGCUACAUUAUGCCGCAGCUGGUGGCAAUGUGGACGUAUUUGUUGAGUUAGUUGAGGCAGGUCUGCCUCCCAGUUCUAAAACAUCCAGUGGAAGCACUGUUCUCCAUUUAGCGGCAGCAACCUCACAGUUAAACUUGGUUGAGUACAUUCUCUCAACAAACCAGAACUUUAUCUUCUCUACUGACAGCCAAGGCAGGACAGCACUUCAUGUGGCUGCCGGUAAAAAUGGAUCGUCGGAAGUUUUUGACUCUCUCGUCAAAGAAGGUUUGUCUCCCAUGUUGAAGGAUAACCAUGGUAACACACCACUAGAUCUAGCCAAUACUCUUCUUCACCAACAUGUGAAGAAAAACCAUGCAGAUUUCCAUGCCUCCUACCAAAGAAUCAAGACACCCAAACCAGAUGACACACUUGAUGAACAAAAGAAAGAGCCAACCGCGAAGGAGAAAACAAAAAAUCAGAAAUCUAAAGCCUGUGUGAUUCAGUGACAUUGCUUUUGGGAAAAUCUUCCUUAUUCAGACACAAUUGCUUUGGACUUAAAUGAUCAAAUGAGCAACAUGUAUUAUACUACUUAUACGAAGCAUUGAAUACGAAACGGUAUAGACAAAUAAAUUAUCAAAUUGUCAGAGGCCUGAUUCGUUGUCAAGACGCAAUAAUGUUCUGACGACGGCAACAGUGAUUAAAGGAUAAUCAACUUACAAAAUGUCGUGUUUUAAAGAACCUUCGUACAUGAUAUGUGUAUAUGUGCUAAAAUAACUACAAGUGAUGCUUGUAUAUGAGGUUGAAAUGCAUUAUGUAAUUGUGUAGACUUAGUCUGUAUAUAAAUAAGUUUAAACUAUCUUUGUGACCGUUGACACAACAAGAAAAUACUGAAGUGUCAACAAAUCGAAUUCAAAAUCGAUAAAACUGUAGUAAAUAAGAUCCAAAGGCAAAACAGGGGAAAGUUUGAAGAGUACUAUCAUCUAGCGUAUGUGUGUGUGUGUGUGUGUGUGUGUGUGUGUGUGUGUGUAGUGUAUGUAUGCA